AUGUCGGCACAGGAGACACAAACCGCGGCUCCUCUAGCCACCGCACUUCCAGAAAUAGCUCCGAUUUUGCCCCCGGAGCACUGGGCAGCUGCGCAAGAUGAUGGCGGCGAAGAUGAUGCAGACUCUACGGUAGGGGAGGACUUUGCGAGUUCAACAGCAUCGAUCACAUCGUCAAUCUUGAAAUAUAGAACCCUGCAUGGCCGGACCUACCACAGUGAGAUUGGAAACGCGCAGUACUGGGCCGCAAAUGACGAGCGACAAACCGACUCUCUCGAUCUUCUACACCACCUCUUCUCGCUUGUUCUACAAGGCCAGCUCUUCCUGGCGCCGAUAAGGGAGCCAAAGAAAGCCAUAGAUAUCGGAACUGGGACGGGUGACGACUUUGCCGACCGCUUUCCCGAGUGCGAGGUUAUAGGUACCGAUAUCUCGCCCAUCCAGCCAACAUGGACACCCCAAAAUCUCAAGUUUGAAAUCGAGGAUUGCACUCGAGAAUGGACGUUCCCAGCGGGCACCGUUGACUUUGUCCACAUUCGAUACUUGCUAGGAAGCGUCCUCGACUGGACGGAAUUUUUCAAGCAGGCGUAUAAGGUGUUAAAACCCGGAGGCUACCUUGAGAGCUACGAAGCAUCUCCGAGUAUAUAG